AAAAAUAAAAUGCAAUAUAUGAUUGUGGGACCAAACGAAUCCAAGUUUGGAGCGCAGCUGUAACCGUCAACAUUCAUCUCUCUCUCAACUCUGAAACUAACUCUUUCUAUGUUUACGGGAUUCGAACGGAGCCUCACUCUUCUCUUUGCCGAUCACCGUCACCGCCUCUUCGCUUCACAAUAACAAUUUUCUGCCAUUUUUUCCCUUCCAAUGGCUUCAUGUAACUUUGGGACACAAAAUGUCAAAGUAUUGAACUUGCACUUUGGUCAAAAAAGAGUUGGGCUUUUGCAACAUUUUGGUCCUAGAAGUUGGAUCAGUAGGAAGCCACUGCAGUACACUAGUUUGGUUGCAUCUCCACAGACAGUUAGAUAUUUAACCUCGUCUAAUGAACAAUCGCAAGAGAUCGAACCUGUUUCAAAAUCAGUAGAUGGUUCUGAAGAGAUUAAACCUUCUGGUUUAACAAGCAAUUAUUUUCCCAAUUUUAAUGAGGUGGAAUUCCUCCUCACAAACUUAUGCGACACAACUUCAAUUGCAGAACUUGAAUUAAAACUUGAUGGAUUUCACCUGCGUGUAGUGAGGGGUUUGACUGAAAAUACUACAACCCUUCCUCUUCCAAUUCUCGCUCCUGAAAGUAUAAAUUCCACCGAUGAAGUACCUCAACCAAACGGGUUGGUUUCUACAUCGUCAUCAUUGACCAUCUUCAAGCCAGCACCUUCUUCAAUAUCUAUCCAGGGAUUCCUAGACAAAGCUGCAGAUGAAGGGUUGGUGAUAAUUCAAUCUCCAAAGGUGGGCUACUUCAGAACAUCUCGAACCAUAAAGGGAAAACGUGCUCCUUCUAGAUGUAAAGAGAUGCAUAAGGUUGAGGAGGGGAAAGUGAUUUGUUACAUUGAACAGCUUGGUGGACAACUGCCAGUUCAGUCUGACGUAUCUGGGGAGAUCAUCAAGAUUUUAAGAGAGGAUGGUGAUCAUGUUGGUUAUGGUGACGCACUUAUAGCAGUUUUGCCGUCAUUUCCUGGAAUAAAGACGCUUCAAUAAAUCUUUCAUAUGCAUCUUUCACAUUUCACAUUGAAGCCGCGUGUGGUGUGGUGGUGACACGCGUCGGUAUCCAACACUCACAUAUCAUUACAUUCACUUAUUUGAUUUUUUUUAAUUAGUAUCAGUGUCGACACGUCCAUGUAUGUCUCGUCUUGGGUGUCUCUGUUCGGUGUAUGUGAGUGCUUCAUAGUAUGUUUCUGAUUUUGUUUCUUUUGUUCUUUGGACAAAUGCAUAAUUUCCCUGUACUUAUCUGAUACUUUAAGAACAAGUUAUAUGGUAGUCCAAUAGAAUAUAUUCCAUGCAGUAUUUUGCACUCAUAAAAUGAGGCUCUUUUUUUUUACAAAAGAAAAUACAAAGAUAAAAUAU